ACAAUGAAAACUUUGGAUUUUGGAAAGUGGGUGGUAGAAUUUUUUUGCAAUUAAUUAAUAAAUUUUAAACUGCUUUUAACUACCUGAAUAUUGAAAAUAAUUGUACGAAAAAGUGUAUGUAAAAGUAGCAUAAUACGCUUCCAAGAUGUACGCGGUAGAGAAGAAAUUCGAAAUAGAGAUGAAGCUAAGAAAGGAAAUGAGCAACAUCCAAGAGCUGAAGGCAGCGGCCAACCGCAGCUCAUCGCUGGCCAGCGAUGUGUGCAACGUGCUGGGCGCGUGCGAGCAGCGCUUGCAGCAGCUGGAGACCGCUGUGCUGCCGCUGUAUGGAGACACAGCUCGCUUGCAAUACAUUCAGCAGAAUAUGGAGCGCACAGUGAAGGCGUUAGACCACGUCAUAAACUACUACAUGGUGUCCCGGGAGCUGGCAGACCUCAUCCAGGGUGGACCACACACUACUAACACUGACUCAUUGAACAUUUAUCUUGAGGCUUUGGAUAAACUGGCAGAAGCCCAAGCAUACUUCAACAAAAAUAAUCCACAGAGUGUGGAGUUGGAAAACAUAAAUCAACUUUACAAUACUGGAGUUCUAAAGUUGGAGAAUGCCUUUGAAGAGUUGUUAAGCCGCAACACAAGACCACUCUCUCCCACCACCUUAAUGGACAUGAUAGCUUUGGAAGAGGAUUCAAGCGCGGACAGCGUAAGCGUUAGCGCCAGUGGCAGUGGUUCCGGCAGUAGCGGCGCUCUAGAGAGCAUGCGAGCCGCCGCUGCUUGGCUCAGUGCCGCCGGCCGUCCACCCGCCGGUCCCCUGCUGGCUAUCCGAGCACCUGCUGCUAAGAGCUCGCUGGUAGCUUUCAAGGAUUACUUGAGGUCGAGGUCUAUGGCCGCCUCGCCGCUGAUGGUAAGUGGCUUACUUGCAGAAUAUUGGGAUUUUCAUAGAAACAACUCAGAGGAGAGCAACGAGGCUCUAGACGAGUUCGAGGCGGAGAGCGCGGGCGCUCUGGCCGCGGGCGUGUGCCGGCUGGCGCGCCUCGAGCAGCGCGCGCUGCUGGGGCUGGUGCCGCUGCCGCGCCUGCCCGCGCUUCUCGCGCACGUGCUCAAGGACUGCUUCGCCAUCCUCGCGGCCGACGUCGAGGUACAGCUAGUGCCCACAGACCUGGGGCUGGUGCCGCUGCCGCGCCUGCCCGCGCUGCUGGCGCACGUGCUCAAGGACUGCUUCGCCAUCCUCGCGGCCGACGUCGAGACUGAGGAGAACGACGAGGCGCUGGACGAGGUCGAAGAGGUCGUGCUCAAAGACUGCUUCGCCAUCCUCGCGGCCGACGUCGAGCGCGCGUGCAGCCGAAGCCGGCGCUCGGCCAGCAAAUGCGGCGCGGGCGCGGCCGCGUGCUGGGCGCUGCUGGGCCGCCUGCAGCGCCUGCAGCCCGACGUGGAGCGAGCGCUCGCGCCCGCGCCGCCCGCCGCCUACACCGCCACCGUCAACACCUGCCAGCUGCACUGCCUAAAAUCCCUGGAGGAAUGGGUGGAAGGCGUCCGCAAUGACAGUGCAGCGGGAGCAGUGGACGGCACUGUGCACCAGCUGGCCGCCGCCACGCUGGCGCACUGCCACCAGCUGGCACAGUACCUGCACACCAUCGGCCCGGCGUUGGCCACGGACGCGGCUUACGCGCGCGCCGCAUCGCAGCUGCCCGGAAGCCACGACCGAAAUGCUGCGUUGCUCGCCAUCUACAUGCGAAAAGUGUUGGCGCAGUUAAACUUUACGCUGCGCAAUAAGAGUGAGCAGUACCCCGACGCGCUUAAAGCAAUUUUCCUGCUCAACAACACGCUGUAUUUGUUACAGGGACUGCAGCGAAGCGGGUUGUUGGACGUGGUGUCGCUUGCAGAGCCCGAGUGCGAGGCAAGCUACCGCGACAUGAUCAACGACCACAAGAACGCCUACCUACAGAGCUGGAACAAGCUGUUAGCUCACACCGUGUUAGAGGAGCAGCUGCCGACCAAGCUGCGGGACAAGGACCGCCAAAUGCUGAAGGACAAGUUUGCCUCUUUCAACCGCGAGUGGGAGGAGAGCACGCGAGCUCAACGCGGCUACAGCGUGCCGGACGCGGAGCUACGCGAGGCUCUGAAGCGCGACAACAAGCAGACGCUGCUGCCGCCCUACACCGCCUUCUACGACGCCUGCGCCGCGCUGCCCUUCAGCAAGAACCCGGACAAGUACGUCAAGUACACGCCCGUGCAGAUCGCGACGCAGUUGGACGGCUACUUCGACGAGGCCGCUUAGUAGUUGGUCUACUACUACUCGUCGCUGUAGUGUGCGCCCGCGCCGAACAAUGUGUGACAGUUAGUAUACACUACUUAUUUACUCUCGCGUCAUAGUUGGCGAUUGCAAAACCAGACUGCAGGGUUUGACAAAGUUUUUAGGGAUUUUUUGUAGGAAAUUUUCUCGUGCUCAGUUAUUGAGUGCU